GGACCGGCGGAGACUUCCGGUUGGGGGAAGAAAGUUGGGGCGAAGGAGGGGCAGUGAAGGAGGAGGAAGAGGCAAGAGCAGGGCGGUGGCGGCUGUAGGUUGUGCGACGGCGGCUCUCCUCCGGACGGACGAUGGACAGUCAGGGCAGGAAGGUGGUGGUGUGCGACAACGGCACCGGGUUUGUGAAGUGUGGAUAUGCAGGCUCUAAUUUUCCAGAACACAUCUUCCCAGCUUUGGUUGGAAGACCUAUUAUCAGAUCAACCACCAAAGUGGGAAACAUUGAAAUCAAGGAUCUAAUGGUUGGUGAUGAGGCAAGUGAAUUACGCUCAAUGUUAGAAGUUAACUAUCCUAUGGAAAAUGGCAUAGUACGGAAUUGGGAUGACAUGAAACAUCUGUGGGACUAUACAUUUGGACCAGAGAAACUUAACAUAGAUACCAGAAAUUGUAAAAUCUUACUUACAGAACCUCCUAUGAACCCAACCAAAAACAGAGAAAAGAUUGUAGAGGUAAUGUUCGAAACUUACCAAUUUUCUGGUGUGUAUGUAGCCAUCCAGGCAGUUCUGACUUUAUAUGCUCAAGGUUUACUGACUGGUGUGGUGGUGGACUCUGGAGAUGGUGUAACUCACAUUUGCCCAGUGUAUGAAGGGUUUUCUCUCCCUCACCUCACGAGGAGACUGGAUAUUGCUGGGAGGGAUAUUACCAGAUACCUUAUCAAGCUGCUUCUGUUGCGAGGAUACGCCUUCAACCAUUCUGCUGAUUUCGAAACAGUUCGCAUGAUUAAAGAAAAACUGUGUUAUGUUGGAUAUAAUAUUGAGCAAGAACAGAAACUGGCCUUAGAAACCACAGUAUUAGUUGAAUCUUAUACACUCCCAGAUGGACGCAUCAUCAAAGUCGGGGGAGAGAGAUUUGAAGCUCCAGAAGCUUUAUUUCAGCCUCAUUUAAUCAAUGUGGAGGGAGUUGGUGUUGCUGAAUUGCUUUUUAACACAAUUCAGGCAGCUGACAUUGAUACCAGAUCUGAAUUCUAUAAGCACAUUGUGCUUUCUGGAGGGUCUACUAUGUACCCUGGCCUGCCAUCGCGGUUGGAAAGAGAACUUAAACAGCUUUACUUGGAAAGAGUGUUAAAGGGAGAUGUGGAAAAACUUUCUAAAUUUAAGAUCCGCAUCGAAGACCCACCCCGCAGAAAGCACAUGGUGUUCCUGGGUGGUGCAGUUCUAGCAGAUAUCAUGAAAGACAAAGACAACUUUUGGAUGACCAGACAAGAAUAUCAAGAAAAGGGUGUCCGUGUGCUGGAGAAACUUGGUGUGACUGUGCGAUAAACUCCCAAGCUUGUUCCCUUCACACCCCUGAUGCUUUCUUUUUUCCUUUAUUGCCAAUCUUUGAACUCAUUCAACUCCAGGACACAGAAGCAGCCUCUCUCUGCCCUUUGACAAGAAAGGUCAAGUUGUAUUCUGGUGUCUUGGGGAAGCUUUGUUAAAUUUUUGUUAACGUGAGUAAAUCUGUUUAAUUCAACCACUUCGCUACAAACAAAAGGGCAAAGGUCCUGUUUGCUGCUUUGUUUCUCCCAAGUAGGCAUUUUAGAUCACUCCUGUAGGCUUCCUGUUUUCACUUUCACUGCUCCUGCUCCCAGUGCUGCUAGUUGUAGUCUUUAGCACAGUAGGUGGUCUGCAUUUAUUAGCAUAAGAAACUUUACCAGGAGCUUUUACUUAUUAUUGGGGUGGGGGUGGUAAGGGAUGGGUGGGUAGCCCUGAACCCUGGAGGGCAUUCCCUUUGUAGUCUGCCUCUUUCAGCAGUGACUCCUGCAGCUUUAAGUACCUUCCUGCUUCUCCUAUUAACAUCUUAGGGAAAUGUUGAACUCAAAACUGAAGUGUUUGGGGUGGGUUUUUGCAUUGGGAGGGAAGUGGGUGUCUUAUUUUAAAAAUUUGAGGUACAGAAAAUGAACUUUAUUUACAGUACUUUGAUUUGGCUAGUUUUCUUCUACUUUUGGUUUGCCUGGAACUGUUUUCCAUGCGAUAUAAAAAGCAAGCAUAGUAUUCCAUUACCAUGUGGCUUACGGAUUUGUUUUUUAAAAUCAGCCAUGUUAGCUGGGACUAGACUUCCUAGAAUCUGUUAGUGGGAAAGUAAGUUGUAAAAAUACUUGUGUUAAUUGAAAUUACAGAUACAAAAAGUGCUUAGGAGCUGGUGUUUUCUAAAUGCUUCUAUUUAUUACAGAAUUAAGGUAACCCAGUGCCAAGUACCAUUCUUGGAAAUUAUUCUUUUAUAUAUAACUGACUGGUUCUUAUUUAAUAAGACAAGCAGAUACAUAAGUAAUUGCUGGCAGGUUAUGAUUGUUGGGUUAAAAAUAACACUGGCAUAUGGGACUUGUUGCCAGUUGAGUGAUUUUCAUUUUUGUUUCUGUUGGUAUUCAUUUGUUUUGAUUUGAAAAAACCUGAUGACUAUUUAAAAUGUUGCUCUCCCUCCCCCCCAAUCAGGAUUUAAAAUUGUGUUUGUACUGCAAACUAAUCAUAACUGCUAAUUCUCAGCCAUCAUGUUUGAAAGAAGAGCACAGAGUAUUUUAUAAAUGCUAGCAGACUUUAGUGCCUGUCAGAAAGUCCUAUUUAUGGGUCCUGUUGGUGUUGCUUGGUACCUGGAAAAAAAAUCAGUACUCAGACCUGAGUUCUUUCAAAUUUGAAAAAGAAAAUGAGAAAUGUUAUCAUGCUAAGUACAAAAUGCAGUCUAGGAAAAGGUUUUCGUUUAUUGAAAACAUUGUCUACCAACAAUGGAUUUGAAAGAAGUGACUUAAUUUUUUGGGUGACAAAUCAGAAAAUACUGGCUUCAGAGUCUUCUUUGUGAGAAAACUUUUAUCAGUUUAUAUGAAAUAAGCAGCAGCAGGUUAGCUUCAAUAUGCAGCUUCUGUAAAUAUUGUCUGUCUGUCUUACCUCAAGAAGUUUGCAUGCUGGCCAUGCCUCCUUACACACGAAUAGCCCAUGAGAAAUGUCUACUGCAUUGUGGAGACCCGGGCCUACCAGUCACUUUGGAGUUCUAAAGCCUUCCUAACUCAUGUUCUUAAAAGUACCCCAGCCUUCUGAGGGCUGCACUUGUUAAAGGACCUGCUGUGGGUAGGACCCAUACCUGCUGGCUCUUCAGCUGGAAUAAAUGGAUUGGCCUUUGGUCAUGAUUUUAUAGAGGAGUAGAGAACAAAGAAGAGGAUGGACUCUUAUAAACAAUAAAAGAGCACUGGUCCCUUGAAUGUAGAACUUUUUAUUUUAUAAUUCUGCUAGCAAACAUGACAGUUAAAAUGGUGUAUAUAUAUAAAGUAAUCUAGAAAUUCCAUUUUAUAAUUUUCCUAUUCUAAGGCGAAAUAUUGCAUUUAAUAAUGUGGAAGUUGGGGGAGUAUUAUGUUUAAUUGAAGUUGUUGUCCACUCAGUUUUCUAAGAGAUAUGGUUUUUAACCUCUUGAAACUCAUUGUCAUUUAAAUUUCCAGUAGUUAUUAAAAUUCUUUCAUCUUUAGAAUUGUCAAUGCCUUGACCUUUGAGAAGGAUUUCUUAGAAAUAGGUUCUACAUUUAAACUGUUUUCUCUCAAAUGUGGUAUUGGAUGUUAACUUUUACAUAGUUCUGAGCACUGCUAUUAUCUGGAAAGUAUUUUGAAAGAUCAACAGAAAGCUAAACAUUCUAAGUUUAACAAGAAUACACUUUUUUGAUUCAGAAAAUAAAUCAGAUUUUUCAAAGUAAA